AUAAGCACGAACAUGGCAUACCGAGGCAAAAAACAGAGUCCAGAUGAAGCUAUGGCCAACCUCGAGUUUGAAACUAGCGACGGUGUUGAGCUCUGGUUAAUGUUUAUAGCUGCCGAGGUGAUCCGAGGGGCUGACCAUGGACAGUCCUAAUAAUGAUGCUUGAAUGACGCCAAAAAUACGAAAAUAGAGGUGAUUAAUUCUUUCGACGCAAUGGGGCUUCGUGAGGACCUCUUGCGUGGCAUUUAUGCCUAUGGAUUUGAGAAACCUUCAGCUAUUCAACAACGUUCAAUUGCACCAAUCGUAAGUAAACGCGAUGUCAUUGCUCAGUCACAAUCCGGAACCGGAAAAACUGCCACAUUCUCGAUCGGUGUUCUUCAGUCACUUGAUACGCAAGUUCGUGAGACACAGGUUUUGAUACUUUCACCGACACGUGAAUUGGCCCUUCAAAUCCAGAAGGUCAUAUUAGCGUUAGGUGAUUACAUGUCUGUACAAUGCCAUGCGUGUAUUGGAGGAACGAAUCUUGGCGAGGACAUCCGCAAAUUAGAUUAUGGCCAGCAUGUUGUUAGUGGAACGCCUGGCAGAGUUUAUGAUAUGAUUAAGAGACGUAAUCUGCGCACCAGAGGGAUUAAAAUGCUGGUAUUAGACGAAGCCGAUGAAAUGCUCAACAAGGGUUUCAAAGAACAAAUCUACGACGUCUACCGUUAUCUACCCCCCGGCACACAAGUAGUUCUUAUCUCUGCUACGCUUCCUCAUGAAAUUCUCGAGAUUACCAACAAAUUUAUGACUGAUCCCGUGCGCAUUCUCGUGAAACGUGAUGAAUUGACACUCGAAGGCAUCAAACAGUUCUUCGUAGCGGUAGAACGUGAGGAGUGGAAAUUUGAUACACUUUGCGACCUUUAUGAUACAUUAACGAUUACACAAGCCGUUAUUUUCUGUAAUACGAAACGCAAAGUAGAUUGGCUCUCUCAGAAGAUGCUAGAGGCAAACUUUACAGUGAGCUCGAUGCAUGGUGACAUGCCGCAAAAGGAACGUGACGCUAUCAUGAAAGAGUUUCGCGCAGGAAGCACUCGAGUCCUCAUCACGACGGACAUUUGGGCCAGAGGAAUCGACGUACAACAGGUCUCCCUUGUCAUUAAUUAUGAUCUACCGAACAAUCGAGAACUGUAUAUUCACCGCAUUGGACGUUCAGGCCGUUUUGGCCGUAAAGGUGUAGCUAUUAAUUUCGUUAAAAGUGACGAUAUUCGAAUCUUACGUGACAUCGAGCAGUAUUAUGCUACGCAGAUUGACGAAAUGCCCAUGAACGUCGCCGACCUCAUCUAAACACCAAAUAGUAACACUUAAUCUCAGAGAGAAAGUUUACUCAAAUCUCAAAAGAUGCAUACUGCCGUAUGGCAGCGUAAAGUUUAAUUUUAUAUGGUGUAUGUGUUGAUAAAAAAAAGCAAGCUCGUUACUUUGAUUGGCCUAAGCUGGCCCAUUAUUAUUUUGUAUAAUGUUGUGAAAACUACAAAUUAUCAUACUACAUGUAAACCAUUUUUAAGUUAGCGAGAAAUCAAAGAAGCAUGGACUCGCGCGAUUUUUUUGUGUGUAAGUGGAAUAUACUUCAAUUUAUAAUGCACCGUAAUUGGGUGAAAGAAAAACCUAGUGGGUAGCUGCCGCCUGACAAGAACAACGAUACUUAUAUUGUAUAUUGCGCUAUGAGUGACAACACAAAUUAUGUAAUAAGUACACUCGGCUAUUGUAAUAAAUACUAUUCACGAAACAAAUACAAGCGCUUUUUUCUCCCUAAAUGAAUUUAAUCGACUCUUCAGUGUGUAUACUUCCAUGAUAAUAAAAGUGUAGAUUGUUGGAAUUAAGCGUGGAAGUUUAGCACGGAAUGAUGAAUGGCGGAAGGUAGAAGAAAUGCCUAGUUUGUUUUUUAACGAAGUUUUUGCAAAACGUAAUUUUUGAAAAUGAAGAUUCCAUUGUAACUCCCUGAAAGCAUAUUUUGGUUUACGCUGUAUGGUAGUCAACACAAUUAACUCUGUUCAUAUUAUGCACAAAUGUUUCCCAUGUGGCCCUAGUACUCGAAAGCCUCGAAACUCGAAGACUACGUUUUGCUUGCCUGAAUAUAAUCACAUAUUCGAAUAACAGCCUUACACUUAUUUUUUGGCGCUUGCUAAAUAUAAAAAAAUGUAGUGCAAUUGCGGUUGUGCAUUUUUAACUUAGUUCAUAGCAUUGGCCAUGUAUGCAAAUAAAAAUAUUAGAUAUGAGUUAAUAGGCUCAAUAAACCGCACUUGGGCUUUUGGCCUACAGAACUCUA